AUGGCGGACUCUUCUCGAACAAUCUCCUUCCAGAAGCUCAUCUCCCUCAGCGACGACCUGGUUCAGACCUUGAAGGACAAAAACGACCUCAACAACUUGACCCACUGCCUCCACACUUCCCAAUCCCUCCGCUCCUCCUCCGAUUCCGACUUCGCCCAAGCUCGCAACUUGCUCCGAGAUUAUGAGAGAAAGCUGGAAGCUUGCAAGAAGAAGACGGAGGAGGCGAAAUCGGAGACGGUCACCGAUGAGGAAUUGGACAUUCUUCAGAGGGAAUUGGAUGAGGGGGCUCACCAGGAGCAUUUGCUUAUGGAGGAGCUCAGAUAAGUGUACAUUCUCCAUAGCGUGUUUGUUUGAGAUUAAUAGAUUUUAGAGGUUACUGAUUUGAUGUACUUUUAUUGUUAAGCACAGUUAUAGGCGGCGAGAUGGAUGAGUUGGAAUGGCAAAGGGCUGCAGUUGUGGAUAAGAAGAAAAUGUUGAAGAAACAGAAGCAGGAUGAGUUCAAGGCUCAGAGGAAGCUUUCCAUGUAUGCU